UCUAUUAUUUUAAGCUUUUAGUUAAUUGAUCGUAUAUAUUAGCUCAAUAGUUUUCCUAUUAGAAAUUAUGUCUUUUUUCAAUGGGAAAAAAAUGAUAUUUCUUCUCUAUCAACGGUUUCAUUAGUAGACAUCCACUCUACACAAGUCUAAAAGAGACGAACAAAAAGAAAAUCGAUCAUUUCACAUCAAGUUCGUCUCUUAUUUUUCACACAUUUAAACAUAUACUAAAACUUUCACCCCUUUAAAGAGAAAAAAACACCACGUAACAUCGUUUUCUCUAGACAGAUGUGAUCGAAAUGUUGGUGCUCCAGGAAGGGAAGUAGGUAGGUCACUGAGCGAAAAGAUAAGCUUGUUGGCAGCUUUAUCCCGUUGGGAAUGGAACCUCUCCUCUCGAUUGGUUUCUGAAUUCUGAUAAGGUGCGCACGGGCUCUCAUCUUUUCACCUCCUAGUGCCUUUUUUCUAGAUUGGUUUCUGACAGAAGAAGCCGAUCGAUAGAUGCAGAAAGGAACGGACUGCACUGCACCAUGAUUUUUCGUUGAUUACAUCCACAAGACACACACUGAUCUGAGUGACGUCUAUGUUAAUCUAGACAAGAUUAAUUCGACAGUUAGUCAGGCUAUUUUCCAGAGUAACAAGUCAGUUGGUGGAUAUGUAAGAAAUAUACGAAGAUGUAACGACUCGAUUUCACCUCUGAGCUAGCAGCUCACAUAAGUGAGCGCAGUAGUAAGAAGAAACAAAGCCCCCUGCUUGUGUGAGCUUAGCUUCGAUCUGAGCUUAGAGUGAUUUGGUUGGUGCAUCGCUUCGACUAGAUUUCAUUUCACAUAUGCGUGAAAAGGUUGCCUACUGACCGGUAUUGUUUUUUUGGUGAAAUGCGUUUACGCCUAACCGAAAGGACAGCAGGGGAGCUGCAUCAACAAUGGUUGGAUUAUCUUCGGAUGCUGAGCUGCAAGUGCCCUUCGAUGAGCAGUGAGCCGGGAGGGUCCAUCUCAUCUGAACAUCCUACAACUUUUGUGAAGGCCAAGACAAGAAGAAAUGGUUGUGGAAAGAUGCAACACUCCACAUGGAAAACGCUGCAUGCCACAUCACCCUCACCUCCCUUACUGUGCUGCUGCUGCAGCAGCAGUCCAUAUCACUCCAACCCUUCCACUCCGCUCGCCAUAUUUCAGCUGCACCACCCACUGUACUCUCGAAACAAGAUGACAUCUCAUCUGUAUAAAGUACACCACACUCCAGCAGCUUAAAGCUCACACUCUUCUUCACAGGCGCACUCACACAGCCUGAGGUUCAUCAACACAAAGAAAAAGCAAGGCCAAAGCCAGCAGCUGAGCUAGCAAGGCCAUGGCGAUGGCACCGCAGGAGCACGACCAGCAUCAUGCCCACCGCCCGGAGCCCAACAACACCCAGGGCGCGAGCACCAUCGCCACCAACAAGUGGGGGCCCUACUCGGGCGCCGGCGACUUCGCCAGCAACAUGGCAGUCAUCCUCACUGCCCUGCUCGCCGCGCUCGCGCUGGCCCUAGCGCUCAACGCCGCUGUGCGCUACCUGCUCCGCCGCGGCCGAGGCCGGCACGGCGGCGAGGGAUCCAGGGAGAGGGACAACGCCAACGCGGACCCUGAGAAGCCGGCCGUGGCGGAGCCCGAGGCGCCCCCCGCCCUGGUGUACUCGGCGGCUGGGACGAAGCUGGCGGGUGCCGCGGCGGAGUGCGCGAUAUGCCUGGCCGAGUUCGUGGACGGGGACGCCGUGCGCGUCAUGCCGGCCUGCGGGCACGGCUUCCACGCGCGCUGCAUCGAGCGGUGGCUCGCCGGAGGACGCCGCUCGUCCUGCCCGACCUGCCGCGCGCCGGCUGCAGCGCCGGCCACCGCCGCAGGAGCUAGCCAGGCUGAGGCCGCCGCAUCUUGAAGCCUUCCUCUGGCCACCGACUGCUUUUGCAGUUGCAUGCGGAGUAUGGUAUCGUUUUUGUGUGUGUAAAUAUUCUUCAGGAGAGGAAAUUAAACUGGAUGGAUGAUUUGAUGCCUUUUAUUAGUUUGAUCAGUGUUCACUGCUGUUUGUUCGUUGUUGCCUAUCGAUCCAUGAUAGGAGAUGAGUUUGAUCAGAUCAGAGCUUAAUUAGUUUGUAGUGUGAAGUUGCUGGUCCAUAAUCACAGAGUUUAAAUUGAAUAAACCCUUCAUCA